GUGUAUUACCACUGCGAGAUAUUUUAUCGGGGAAACAAACUAAAGAAUAGCAAGACUUAUGAUGUUGGUUUGGUGGUUCAAGGUAAGUUGGUAUUAUUGUAUGUCGCUUAUCCUGUGGUUUAUCCUUGAUAUCCUGUGGUUUCCCAUGGGAAAAAAGUCAAAGUGAUAAAUUGAGUGCUUAAAGUACGUGUAAGCUUUUAAAAUUAAUUUUGUCAUAAAUGUGCUUCUGGCUAUCAAUUGCUCUUUGUUCUCCGCUAAGAUCUAGGCCCAUUCUUGUCUCCUGGGGAACAAGAGGAGCAUUUCAAUGAUAAGACAAAGUAUAGACUUACAUAGGCUUUAAUGACGGGAUAAAGGAGACCUAACUUUAAGCAAAGACGUUUAUGAGCAAUGCAAGUCAACCGGAAGUGGACUUUUUGCAUUCUCGGGACGUGGUUUCGCUUAAAUUUACGGGAAAACCGUCUCCAUAAGAGCAAAGGCACUUGGCAGUUUAUUACAAAUUUGGUAGUGUCAGGACAGAUUACAAGGGAAAAAAGCCCCACUUCCGGUUGACGUACAUCGCUCAAAAACCCCGGGGGGGGAGACUCCGCAUAUGAAAGUGGUGGGGAUGCUCGUCGUCUCGCUUAGGGGUGUAAAUUUCGGAUUUUGGUCUCAUUUAGGGUGUUCUGGGCAAAACGCCAUCAUAUUUAGCCGUGAAGGUCUCUUUUAGGGUUGCACGCGAAAAAAAAUGUAAAAAUACAUAUUUGAUAUGUGUAUUUUUAAUUCGUUUUAUUUCCUCCAUUCAUAUAAUCCAAGUUUUCCCAUUUGUCUGUAUUUUAACAUGGUCUCUUUUAGGAAUCAAAAAAAGGUUGGGCCACGCCCAGAUCGGUCUCCUUUAGGGGUUUAAUUCAAAAUUUCCGACGAGCAUCCCCACCCCUUUCACAUGCGUAGUCACCCCCCCCCCCCCCGGGUCAAAAACACCUUUGCUUAAAGCUUAAGCUUCCUUUUGUUAGACUAUUCCACACUUCUUCACCUCUGAGAAGUAUAGAACUAAGUGUAAAAUCUCUGAAUGCCACGGCCAAAGCUAGACAUAGCGCAAAAAUCAAGAUGGUAAAUGGGUACUGUUUUCACCUUGAUUUCACCAUCUGAUGUGUACUAAUGAUCUGGUUUUUACUGCGCUUUUCGAAAACACGCUAACUCUGAAAUCAAAAGCCGCCUUCACAAUUGCGUUUUUCGCUGCCGUCGAUCAUGAUCACGAUCACAAAUAACAAACCAUGACCUUUUGAACCCGUUGAAGAAAAGUUCUGUUUCCUAGGAGGUCCACUGAAAUGAUUGACGGCAGCGGAAAACGCAAACGCUGUAGGCUUUUGAACUUCGGAAUUCGUGUUUCUUUGAAAAGUGCAGAAACAGAUUUCAGUUUUAACGGAUCUGUACUUGUUUUUAACAGAUUUCAGUGCAACAAGGAUUGAGUAUUGCAAAGUUCACGGCGGAUCGUCUGUGGUUCAUGAACCAAAUGGAGUGAACUUAAGAUGUAAAGCAGAUGGCUAUCCACUUGCAACAAUAAGAUGGUUCACAAUGGAACCGAGAUCCCAGUGUGCAAAAAGGAAACUUCCAGUACUGGCUGUGUCGGAGGGCGCUAUCAAGUAAAAGAAGAUCGCAACAGCAAGUUUGCUUAUGUGGAAAGUUAUCUAAUGAUAAAAAACACAAAGUACGCCAGAGAUCAUGGGAACUACACCUGUGUGGCAAACAAUAGUGAAUUGCAAAAUGCAACAAAAGAUGUGGAAAUUUCUGUUUACUGUAUGCCAUGUAGAAAUCUAGCUUUAAUAGUAAUAUUAAGGGUUCAAACGUAGUUUUUUUGGCCUACUAUUCCAACCAUUCCUUUAAAAAAGCAGUAAAAUAACUAACAGCUAUUUUUUAGAUUGAGGUCAGGGUCGUCCUGAAAACGGCGGUUUUUAUCCAUUUUCAAGCAAAAAAAAAAAACAGAAAAGGUGGCUACAUGUACGGAAGUGCAAACGUACUUCCAGUGCUUAUCACGUAUAGGUCACACACAUACUCAGAUUUUUUUUUCACGAGUAUAGUAACAUUCAAAGCAUGGCGAAACGGCUUUCUUUCCCUCCAAAUUCUUGAAAAAUUAUAAUCUUCUUUCACAAAUUUUCACUGCUUAUUCGCAAAUGUUUUCAAGUCAAAAAAGACGCUUCCUCGGGCGAUGAUAACUUGAGAAAACAGUCGACAUUUCGAGACGCCACCGCUGUUUUUCCCGCCAAAUGACGCCUGAGAAACGAGCGCAGAAUCCCAUUCUGACGACGUGUCAUUACCCAGGUCAUGGGUAGUGCUUCUGAUCGGUUGAAAAUUUGCUUCUACCAAUCAGAAACACUACCUUGAGGUUCGGGUAGUGAUGCGCGAGCGCUCCGCGUCAUCACUAUAGAAGUACGGAAUUUCUGUGCUCGUUACUCAGACGUCAUUCGCGGGGAAACCUGGGGGGCAUUGCAAAAUGUUUGCUGUUUUUUUUUUUGUCGGUCUGUUUAACGUCAAAAAUAAUUUUGAUAUUCAACUUGAGUAUGUGGAUUUGCGUGAUUCGGUCAAACAGGCAAGACUGAAUACUCGGCAAAACAAGUGAACUGGAAUGAAACAACACCAACUGUGCUUCCGUUGCGCCAGUGAAGUAAUUGAAUACCGGCGAACAUGUAGUUCAGUAAACAAUGGUUUCAAUAGCCGUGCUUCUUUUUAGGUUUAUGAUAACUAUUUGACUUACUGUUAAUUGCCAUUCUUAGCCAGCUCUAAGGGACAAAUGGUUUAACUAUUAUUUAAGUAACGAUUUUUUUUGUGCUGAUAAUUUCUUACCAGCUCCACCCACUUUGGACAAAAUCAGAGAAAUUUGGUACUCGACUACAGUGAUAGAUUGCAAGGUUUCCCGGACCAAUCCACCGCCUACAUUCAGAUGGCAAUAUCAGAGUGGACUCUGUUUAAAUGAC